GGGCCGAGAGCACAUCAACAUCCGGGUCACGUCCGAGCAGACCCCCGCUUCCGGAGCGAGGCCGCCAGUCAAACAAGGUAAUCCUCAGGGACUCUCUCUAGCUGUGGAAGUGAUAUGUGUUAACUAAUGAAGACUAGAUAAGUGUCAAAACAGAGUGAGCUGAGGAAGGAUGGAUUUCACAGAGGCCUAUUCAGACAGAUGCUCCAGUGUUGGACUUGCAGCUAGAGAAGGAAAUGUCAAAAGUUUGAGGAAACUAAUUAAACAGGGAUACAGCGUUGAUGUUCCUGAUAACAGAGGGUGGAUGCCAAUCCACGAAGCAGCAUUUCACAACUCCAGUGAAUGUCUGAAGUUGUUAAUUAAUGCAGCUCCAUCUGAUAACUACAUAAAAUCAAAGACAUUUGAGGGUACAUGUGCAUUACAUCUUUCUGCAAAUAAUGGAUGUUUGGAAAGCAUCAAUGUUCUCUUGGAGGCAGGAGCUGAGACUAAUGAUGUUACUUAUGAAGAAACUACUCCGCUAUUCCUAGCUGUAGAAAAUGGACAUCCAGAAAUUAUAAAGCUUCUACUUCAACAUGGAGCAAAUAUUAAUGGAUCCCAUUCUUGGUCUGGAUGGAAUUCUUUGCACCAAGCUUCUUUUCAGGGACAUACUGAAAUAAUAAAAUUGCUUCUUGAAAAAGGAGCAAACAAGGAAUGUGUGGAUGACUUUGGAAUCACACCUCUGUUCAUUGCUGCUCAGUAUGGGAAGCUGGAGAGUUUACGCGUACUUAUAUCACAUGGUGCAAAUGUCAAUUGUCAAGCCAAUGACAAAGCCACUCCAUUAUUCAUUGCUGCACAGGAAGGCCAUACCGAGAGUGUGGACCUAUUGUUAUCAAAAGGGGCCAAUCCAAAUCUCUACUGUAAUGAGGAGGAAUGGCAGUUGCCUAUUCAUGCAGCAGCCCAAAUGGGCCAUAGCAACAUAUUGGGAUUGCUAAUACCAGUUACUGAUCGGACCUGUGACACAGGAAAAGACAAAGUGAGCCCUGUCUAUUCAGCAGUUUAUGGUGGUAAUGAAGAGUGCUUGGAAAUGUUACUUAAAGAAGGCUAUAGCCCAGAUGCUCAGAAGUGCCUAAUCUUUGGCUGCAUAUCACCUAUGUGCAUGGUUUUCCAAAAGAAGUUUUAUGGUUUAAUUCCUAUUCUUCUGAAGCAUGGGAUCCACCUACUCGGGAUUAAUUUAGGAUAUUGCCUGCAUCACAAAAAGUUUUCUUGGUUUCGGCAUUUCUUGAAGGUGGGCUGCCCAAUGCCUUCUGGGGAAUGCUCACUAGAGUUUACAAAAUAUGCUGUUAAAGCGCAAGAACAGUACAAAGAAUGGCUACCAUAUCUAUUGUUGGCUGGAUUUAAUCCACUGAAUCUGUUGUGCAGACUGUGGAUUUAUUCUGUGAAUGAUGACAUCCUUAAUUUCACUCUGGAGUUCACUAACUGGAAAAGGCUUCCUCCAGCUGUAGAACAAAAUCUCUCUGACCACAAAGAAACCUCCACCUGGGUUCCACAUAACCAUUUUGAGCACUUCAUCUCUGAGGCAGCCUACAUCACUGGGAUGGCCUGAGUGGAAGAGGCCAAAGUUCAGGAGGAAUUGGAGGGACUCAGAUCCCAUGGACCUUAGUGCCCCAUCAUGAGGAGCUUCAAUCUCACCUUUUUUUUAAAGUUAGGAAAUUACAUCAGAAUAAAAAACCGCUGUCAAAAGCACAUCAACGUUGCAAAGUAAAGCACUCACAAGUUAGGACAUGCCAGAAAUAGGGUUGCAGUGCAUCUCUAAUUUGGCCCCCUUGUGGGUGUGUGUUAUGAUAGUCUUUAGUUACAUGAUCAUACAUUACUUUUUUCUGGACUAUAAAUUCAUUUUAUUUCUCUCCUUGGCCCAACACACAGUUAUACAAAGCGGAACAGCUUCACUGAAAGAUCUUGAGACAGCUCUGCCCCAAAGUACCCCAUAGCCCAGUUAGUGGAGAGGUGGAAGCCCCAAGUUCAAAUCCUUUCUCCACAACAAGCAGAGGUGGGAAACUGAGCUAGGUGAGUGUAUCAGCCAUUGUGCUAAGAGCUAUAAGGGAGGUGGUUCCUCCUUCUCAGUUUUUCUUGAAAAAGGACUAACAUGGCCUAGGGACCUAACUGCAGGAGAGGGUUCGCAGCUGGAAAUUUAGAGUUAGGCACCUACAUCCCUUUGAGAGGGAAGGGAGCUUUAGGCCACACCCCUGUCCUCAGCAUUGCCUACUGGUUAGCUUGGGCAGCUCCCAGCUCACUGCUUAGACUGCUGACUUUUGUGGAUCCCAUUUUUAGGUGUCAAACUCUCCCCAUGCAUAGUUAAAUGCCUAGACUCCCUUUACACUGGAUUGAGAAGUCCACUGGGUGGCAGGACACCCUAGUCCUCCUUGUGAAUCCCAACCUCUUGUGUCUCAGUUUCCCAGCUGUAAAAUGGGAAUAAUAAUACCACCACCUAAUCACACAGGCUUGUUGUGAAGGUAACGUCACUAAUAUUUAUGGAGCACUCAGAGGCUAUAGUCAGAACAUCAUAGGCACUGGGAAGUUAAUCUGUUUUCAUGCGAUAUAGAGAAUGGUGUGAGAUAAAUGAGGCCUAGGACUACAGACAGAAUGAGGAGGAUAGGAAAUAUUGAAUAACUACUCUGUAGAUGAGUAGUCUCACUGCUGACACAGCCCCUCAUGGCCAGCCUCAGCACAGCAUGCUUGCCUUCUCUAGCGUCCUUGCCAACAGCUGCUCCAGCCCUGUAGCAUUCUGCCUCUUCUUGUAACUCAGCCUCUGGCCAGGUCACAUUUAGUCCCACCCCUUCCAGGGAAACAGUCAAAUAAACUAAACUCAGAUAAACAAAACUCUUUGCCCCUACCCAGGCUCUCUCUGGUGCAGACUCUUCACACCUUCCUGGACCCUGAAGGACUGUCCUCCUGCUCUUGUGGGGCGCAACACUUCCAAGGCUUUCUCCUUGGAUGCCCAGCACUAAACUUAGCAGCCCUUCUCCCUCGUGCACCAAGGUGUUUCCACACCACCUUUUCAGUGGGCCAGCAGAGGAGCGCAGCCUUCUCUCUAGUGGGCUCCAGUCCAGGGGUGCUGGGGGAAGCAUCUAAGUCUGCUCCCUCAGACUUGUCACUGUCUUCCUGGACUUUUUCCUACCUUGGCCUUCCUUUAGGACCUUACGCACAUCUCCUCCCUAGGUUUACUGUACAUUGGCCUUUCCUCCACUCUAUAGCAACCAGAGAGGGACCACAGAGUUCUUCCUCUUUCCCUUCAGCCUCCUCCCUUGAUGCUCACCGCCCAGCUCCUCCAUUGGUUGGGCUUCAUCUUCAGUGGGGCCCAGCCCAUCUCCAGGUAUGCUAAUUGCUCUGUUUCUGGUACACUCUUUCAUUAACUGUGGGGUAGAUAGCCCAUCACAUACUCAUUCAGUGAACAAGGCAGGAGACUUGUGGAAAAAACAGAGUAUGAUCAUGUAACUAAGUAUUAUCAUAUGCUUAUAAGGAAGUCAAAUUAAGAUUCCAUGGACAUCCAUUAUUCUGGCAUUUUUGAACUAUUGAGUACUCCGCUAUGCAACACUUACAUUCUUUUAGCAUAAUUUUUUGGACAUAAUCUAUACACUAAAAUUAGGAACAGUGGUAACUGUGACAUUCCUUUCUGAAUCACUAACUGAAAAGUUGGGAAAUAGACUGCAGUCUAAGUUCAUAUAAUUCUUCCCCACCCCCUGCCCCACCUUGCCCUGUAAUACUAAAGCUUCAUAAGUUUUUACAAAAAUCUCUAUCCUUUCUCCUCCCAGACAGAGAAAAAUUUGAUAUAGAAGAAGAAAAUGUAACACUGCACUCCAGGAGUAAGCUAAAAAGACAUCCCCUGCCUGUGUGCUCAUUUGUAGUGCAGGUCUACUGAUUUGAAAGCCUAGGAUAAUGCAGGGAAGCAAUACUUUCAGGCUUUGAAUUCUUUCAAUUAUUAUGAACUCAGCCUAAGAUUGCAUUAACUGAUUACAUGGUAUUUUUAUUUGCUGUAAUUUCUACCCUUUGUUCAAAGUAUUAUGCUAAUGUUAGUCAAUGUACAAGUAAUGGGAAAUAAAGUUUUGCUCUCCAGCCCUUCCUACUGUUUCACCUCUGCUGCAGAAAGCUAUAAUAGAGCACACACAAAGCAGUAAAUGAUUUCUCACAAUGCUUUGGGAUAUCUCAGAACUCAAAGUAUUCUGUAUAUUAUUUAUUACCACCAAGUGCUGUGGCAGAAGAAAAAUGCAGUUAUCCAUGAAAAUGUGGUAAGUAACAAUAAGGCAUCAGGACCUUAAAUUAUAAUAUUUCAGCUCAGAUAUGAAAAUGACUAAUAAUGAGAAAAAACACUCUGAAGGACCACACUUAGCUCUGCAGGGGAAUUAUGGGAAGAAGUGACAUGGGAGAUCUAGACACAAACAUUCAGACAUGGAAAAAAUUGUUCACGCUCUUUAAAAAUAAUUCCAAAUACUCUGGAUGUCACUGACUAGAAGGGCAGUGUGACUGGUUAGCACAAGGGACUGGCGUUAGGACUUCUGGGUUCUAGGCUUGACUCUGCUAUAGAUUCAGUUGGUGACUUUGAGCAAUUCAUUUACCUGCU